AUGCCUAGAGAUAGCGACGGCGAGGAGGAGGAAGAAGACGAGGGAACAUUGCAGUCGUGGGAUGCCAUUCUAUCGGACGAACUCCUGCAGAAGGUGCUCUCCUUGUUGCCCAUCGCCAACAUCAUCAAAUUGGGAAUCGUGUGCAAACGGUGGUACGAGGUGGUUCACUCCUGGCCCCCGUUGUCGUGGGCGAUGAUGGCGCCACAGAAGCCGUUGUUCUUCAGUUCCUGCUUUAACGACUGCGCCUUCUCAGGCCGCGUGUACGACCCUUGUCUCCUCCGGUGGUACAACUUCGACUCCACCCGCUUAGAAAAGAGCAUCUGGCGCACGUCCUCCUCCUGCGGCCUCGUCUGCUUAAUGAACGUCAAUGACGAGAACAACUUAUUGGUUGGCAAUCCCAUCAAGAGAGACUGGAAGUUGCUUCCUCAAGUCCCCGGUAGCUCUUCCCCCCACUACAACGCGCUCGCCUUGUCGUUAGACCGCCGCACGCGCGGCUACACCGUGGCCGUCGCCAAGUGCACCCACACCCUGCUGCCAGGGAACUCCUGUCAUUGGCACUUAUCCGUCCACAUCUACGAAUCCACGUCAAAAUCGUGGGCCACACCCUUUGCCCAAGACAUCGGCUUCUGGAUGGGCAGCAACGAGGCCGUCAUAUGCAACGGUGUGCUCUAUUACUUCAUCGGCCUGCACACGGGGCAUCGUCGCUUAGUGGCGUUCGAUCUUUCCAAGCCGCCCUCAAGCAUAGAGUCUCUGAUUCAAGAAUCGAUUCGUGGUCCAUAUCGUCUUGUCGAUGUUGGGUUAAUCAACCUGUCGAACAAAUUGGUCAUGGUCGGCAUGAUAGAACACUACUGGCCAAACGAGGCAGAGGGAGCGGUGAUUUUGAAACUCGAGGAUAAGACAUGGCGGGAGGUGGCUCGAAUGCCGAUCUCCGUGUACAUGGCGUUACACGGCAAAAAUUUCAUUUGCUGCGGUGCCGGCGACUUCCUCUUCAUGCACUCCUCGUUGUCCCCGGUGCUACUGACCUUCGACAUGAGGCAGAAGGUGUGGAAAUGGUCGAGCCGCCCGUGCCCUGAGCACUUGGACAUUGCAGUUCAGGUCCCUAACCUACUGCGGCUUCUGCUUCGAACCGAGGCUUGA